AUGCCACAAUAUAUAAAAAUGCGUUACGGUGGUGAACGUAUUCGAGUUUAUUUAACAUGUCUUGCAUUAAUGUUAUCCAUCUUUACAAAAAUAUCUGUUGAUCUCUAUUCCGGUGCUAUUUUCCUCCAACAAGCUUUAAAUUGGAAUCUGUAUGCCUCAGUUAUUGCUCUGAUUCUUCUCGCUGCAUUCUUCACUGUUGGUGGUGGUUUAACAGCAGUUAUUUGGACGGAUUUUAUACAAACAGUAAUUAUGGUUGUAUCAUCUUUUAUUUUGAUGAUUAUCAAUGAAAUCGGUUGUGCUGGUCCCGAUGUGUGCUAUCAAGUUUGUCAUAGUCGAAAUGGUUGUAGUGACAUUGCAUACCCACUUCUUGUGCUUCGAUUAAUGCCCAAUGCAAUUCGUGGUUUAACACUAGCCUGUAUGAUUGCAGCUUUAAUGCCCUCCUUAACCUCGAUCUUUAAUUCGAGUUCGACUAUUUUCACAAUUGAUAUCUGGCAACGUUUUCGUCGAAAUGCACAAGAUUGGGAAUUGAUGAUUGUUGGCAGAGUUUUCGUCAUGAUUCUUGUCGGAAUAUCGAUUCUUUGGAUUUCAGUUAUUCGAACAGCACAAGGUGCAAGAUUAUUCGAUUAUAUUCAAGCUAUUUCAUCAUUUUUAGCACCUCCAGUUGCUGCUUGUUAUUUACUCGGGAUUUUAUGGAAACGAAUCAAUGAAGAAGUAAUUUAUUCAGAGUAG